UAUUUAGGUGAAUCAUAUCAUCAAGUUGAUUUGGGAAACACAUUCACAUUCAGACUGUGCUGUAAGUCCCAAUCACUGUUUUUCAUUCCUAUUCAUUCAUUUCCAAAAAAUCGACCAAGAGUAUAACUGAUUGUCAGCUCAUUUAGACCAACGUGUCGAAGCACGUAUAGGGGUCAGCAGGUAGGCUGAGGACCUGGGGAAACAAACCCGUAGCCUACCCGAAACAUUCACGGCAAUUGAUUUCAUUUGCACCAAAAUGUUCUUCUGUAGAACGUCCCACUUUAAUUUUUUUUAUUGUACUUUGUGUAAUUUCAAACAGCUUCUUGGAUGUUUUGUAUAUGAAUCACCAGGAUCCCAGCAUUCACUGAGUCACAUGACAUACCUUUUCCUUUUGGGAAUCAAUGCCCCGGACAAUCCGACCAUUGCCACAUGAGAUACUUCCUCCAAAACAAGUUGCCAGCAGACACUCAAAUGUGUCUUCACUUAGCAAUCCAAAAAGAGAAACGCAGUGUCGUUAUGUUCGAAAGGAGGACAUAAUUUAUCCUUAAAAAUCAAAGAACCCUAUGUACCACGUAAAAUAGAUAUUGACGCAGAUACAGUAUAGCAUACGCGGGACAACGACUGCGUCGUCAACAAACAUCCUUUGUUGACGUAUGGGGCUGGUCCUUCUGUGUGCACCUGGAACGUUCUCAACAGACGGAACGCAACGGUCAAUGGGCGCAGGUGUAUAGAAAUUAGCACCAGUCAGACGUACAGCGAUGCCCGGCUCGGAGUUGUGUUUAUGAAUAGACGUCUGAUCAACACAGCCGGAAGAGAGGAUCUGAGCAGCGCUAGGAAGAACCUCAGCCAGUGGUGAAUCCUCUGUGCCCCGUCAACAUGAAGACGGGACUUCCCUACGAGAGGGUGGAGGAUGUUCAGCGGAGAAGAGAAGAAUACAGCAGAGCACAGAUGUACUACAGGUGUGGGCUGGCCCUGGCCAGCGUGUCCACCCUGCUGGUGCUAGCCGUGAUCCUCCAGAGCCUGAUGACCACCAGGGGGCCCUCCUCGUCCCCGCACCCAGUCCCCAGCCCCAGGUUCCCUGCGGCCCGCGCCCAGACCUGCUCCGACACCUGCAGGAUAGUUUUGGUGGAGAGCAUUCCGAAAGGUUUGGUGUACAACGGGAGCACUGUCAACCCUUCCAUCUACCAGGCAUGGCUCAACCUGAUUGGUGAAGCUCGCAGCAGCCUCGACAUCGCCUCUUUCUAUUGGACCCUCACCAACAAAGACACAGGCACCAAGGAGCCAACCGCCAAUCAGGGGGAGGACGUGCUGAAGAGACUGGGCGAGCUGUCCGGGAAGCUGCCCGUGCGCAUCGCCGUGGACUUACAAAAAGACAAGCAGCCUGCCAACCUGAAGUUCCUCACCAGCGCCGGGGCUAUCAUCCGCUCGGUGAACAUGCGGGAGCUCACCAACGGGGUCCUCCACACCAAGUUCUGGAUCGUAGACAAGAAGCACAUCUUCAUCGGCAGUCCCAACAUGGACUGGCGCUCGCUCACACAGGUCAAAGAGCUGGGGGUGGUGGUUUAUAACUGCAGCUGCCUCGCAGAAGACCUGGGCAAGAUCUUCGAAGCCUAUUGGUUCCUGGGCCAGAGCGGUCAGGAAAUCCCCGCUACUUGGCCCAGCAGUUUCUCCACAGCCUACAACAAGGACACGCCCCUCCAGCUGCCACUCAACGACACACAGUCGGGUGUCUACCUAUCGAGCUCUCCUCCCUCCGUGUGCGCUGCGGGCCGGACCUCGGACCUGCAGGCGGUGCUGUCUGUGAUCCAGGACGCUGAGGAGUUUGUGAACAUCGCGGUCAUGAGCUACGUCCCCAUGAUGGAGUUCUCCCGUCCCAAGCAGUACUGGGCUGAAAUUGACACCCAGUUGAGACGAGCUGCGUUCGUAAAAGCGGCCAAUGCUGGACCAGCGCUCCAGGUGCGCCUGCUGAUCAGCGACUGGGCCCACUCGCAGCCAUUCAUGCCGCCCUUCCUCAAGUCCCUGGCGUCCAUCUACGACCCCAAGCACAAACUGGACAUCCAAGUGAGGCUGUUUGUGGUACCGGCCAACCAGUCACAGAAACUAAUCCCCUACGCUAGAGUCAACCACAACAAGUAUAUGGUGACCGACAAGAUAGCCUACAUCGGUACAUCCAACUGGUCAGGUGACUACUUUGUGAACACAGCCGGUGUCGCCUUGGUGGUCAACCAGACCGCCUCGCAGACGGAGGAGCCCACUGUCCAAUCACAGCUCAAGGCUGUGUUUGACCGGGACUGGGACUCCGCCUACAGCACCCCGAUCGACCACCACUCCCUUCAAGGGCACGAUUUAGCUUAGUAUGUAGCGAUGGCUCACCAUGUUUAACACUGCAACAAUCAAAGUGCCAAGGAGCGAACACUGUUUUUCUUCCUAAUACGAAUUCAAACGCUUACGACCAUGUAAAGUUAGUUAGACUCAGAGACCUACCUGUCUUGUAGCAAUAGCUGCCCACAUCAGUAGGAUGUGCACACAUCUUUAUCGGAAGGACACAGCCAAGUUAUCCAAGUGCUACACUGUGGAAAGAAACCUAAUCGACUACCAGAGGAUAGUCCAAUCAAAAUCAAGAAGGGUGUAAGGAGGAAAUGUAGAUUUUGUGUUGGGAAUGAGCUAGUCACUUGAGUUAAGGUAAGCAAAAUGUCCCAGAGCUCCUGUCCAAUGCACUAGUGUUGCCUUAAAUUUCCAUAAACACCCCACAAAGUUAUAUAAUGGUCGUUAUUGCUCUUUAUAGAUGUAAGCUGCAGCUUAACUCAAAGUGUUGACCGCAAACUUCCCCGUGAGCUGUGAAAUCUUUGCCUUCUUCUGACCUUGACAACAAGGUGGACAAAAAAGCAAUGAGCUUUAUCAAGACGUGCAAACAGAAUCAACCUCCCCAGUAUUUCAGUCACUCAAAUUUAAAUUACUUUGUACUUUAAAUAAUGGAUCAUUAAUAUAAGCGAGCAAUAUCUCAGAGAUGAAUCCCCUUAUUUCAUCUCAUCUCAUGAAUCUUUUUUUUAAAUCUUUUUUAAGAUCUUUCCUUCAACUAGUUUAGAAAACUGUUUAGUUUUAAAUGGUGUGACUGUGGUGUUUAAAAUAAAGUUAUUUACCUCAAAGUAUUAUCUUUGACAUUACCUCUUCUGCAAACAUCGCCCCAGGUAAUCUCAGGGAGUAAUGAUUGAAUGAACCAUAUGGUGUGUUUUCAGAAAUGCUUUGAAAUGCUGGAUUUAUUGUGAGAAAAUGUUAAUAACUAUUGGUAUGCCAACUUUAAUAGCGCCAAUAGAAAAAAAAAGAUAGGGUUCACUGAUAUUUUUAGCUUCCUUAUCAGAUCGAUGGGUUUUUAAAAAAAAAAAAAAGUUUACACCAGCUGCUUUUUUAAUGACUUAAAAAUGAAGAUUUGUGUACAGACUUUCUUUGUAACACAAUGAAAUAAAUGAUUGAAGAUAUAA